AUGAAGCUAUGCGAGCGCUACGACAUCUUUGAGGAGACUGUCGAGCUCGACGGUCUGGAAGCUGCCUUUGCGACAGUGUCGGCGCUGGACCUACAUCAGUUCACGACCUUGCCGGAUCACGAGACCAAGUUUGACGCCAAGUACCGCGUCCGGUCGCUGCCCGAGGUGCUGGAACGGGCUGCUGGAAUGGCCUCAAACCUCAACCAUGAGUACGCGGCCUGCCUUUCCCAGAUCAAGGGGAGUUGUCCAUCUCGCGCUAUCGACACCCCCGACAAGCAGCUCUUGAACAAGCAGCUCCUCGGCGUAGGCAAGGGCGAGUCGUACUGGUUCUGGCUCGCACAGCUCUACAGUGAUCAGUUCAACGCCGAGUUUGGCACCGUCUCGUUCUUCAGCCGCGAGCUGCUGCCAUCCCAGCUCAUCGAGACGAUCGAGAAGACCGCCGUUUCGUGGUAG